AUGGCCCCGGUCGGCAGAUGGCAACAGAACCGAGAUCUUGGGUGGUAUGCCAAAGGGGAUGUUGAUGAGGAAGAAAGGCUGCGCAAAGAGAGGGAAGAGCUACAGCGCGUCAAGGAGGCCGAAGAAGAAGCCAUGGCCGUCGCUCUAGGCCUUCCAGUGCCACCUAAAGCAUCCGAAAACGCCAAUAUGGUUCCCCUCGGCGAUGGCGGCAUCAGCCAGGCACCCAAGGAAGAAGAAAUGCCCGAUGCCGGAAAGGAAAAAGAUCGUUCGAGCCGCAGACAUCGUCACCGAAGUCGAAGCCCCCGCCGGGAACACAGACGCGACUACCGCACUGAUGAUCGUCGCGACAAGGAUCGCAAACAUCGCAGGCACCAUGAAGAUCGUGAACGCCGGCACCGCCCCAGAUCCCGCUCCCGAUCUCGCGGUCGAGACCACCACAGACGUCGUUCGGACUCGCGCUCUCGUAGUCGGCCGAGCCGCAAGGACGAGGAGCAUCAGAGACGUCGGCGCAUUGAGCGCAGCUACUCCCCUGCGCUCAGCAGGCGACACCCCGAACGCAGGAGAGAUCGCGAUGAUCGCGAUCGUCGGCAUUAG